UCUUGUUUCUAUCUUCUGUUCUCCUAUCUAACAUAUAUAUAUAUAUUUUGUUUUUUUGUUAUUAUUUCUAUUUUUUUUUGCAUAUUCUCUUACAAUCUCAAUUUUGUCCCGGCCCGGACACAUGGGAAUGUCGAAUAAGUCAGUUUCUACAUUUACAUUUUUCCUUGCUUUGGUUGUUGUGCAUGGAAUUCAGAAUACAGAAGAGAGACAUUUGCAAACUACUUCGUUAGAGAUUGAACGAAUCUAUAAGAAGAAACCUGAGGCUAGGAAUCCCACCAUUGUGGUCACAUAUACACGACGUAGUGUCCUUGGAAAGGCGGUCAUCUUCCACCCCACUGACUUUAGGCCUACAAGUCCCGGUAACAGCCCUGGCGUAGGACACUCUCACGGGCGACACUGAUUUGAUCUGUUGAUCAUACCAUACAUCAAAGUCUAUAUCAUAAUAUAUACUUAUUAAUGAACUAUCGUUAGACUUUUCUUCUAAUUUUAUAAUAAAUAUAUAUAUGUAUCAUGUAUGUAUGUCUUUGGGAUGUUUUGAAAUCAGUUUGGCAUUUCAAUCUUUUUGACAGUACUAUGAUAUAGUAUGAUCACUAUGUAUUAGUCGUGGGUUUGU